UUUAUCUCUCCCUAGGCAGCCGUCUAAUUUUGUUCUCCCUCUUGCAAAUUGCAACUCGCCGGCGGUACCAACUCAGUGGGGAAGUUUCUAUUCCACCGUCGCAUCGGCGCUAGGUUUCAGGCGGAUUUCAUCGCUCCAUUGGCCAAAGCAUUCUCAUUAGAGUUGAUUUUGAGCCCAUUCAUUUAUAUCUUCUUCUCUACCGAAAAUGAGCUCAGCAAACGCUUUCAGCUCCAUUUGUUUCGGCGGACGAUGUUUGCGGAAGGACGAAGUUAGAAACUUGAAGACUGGGAACCUCUGCGUUAGAAAUGCAGCCACUUCAAUUCAGCAAAACUUGCAAUUUGAUCAGGCCCCAGGACAAGUUUCUGGAAAGCCUGUUCGAAUUGGUGUUCUUGGGGCCAGUGGCUAUACUGGUUCAGAGAUUGUUCGGCUUCUUGCAAAUCAUCCAUCCUUUGGCAUUACUGUUAUGACUGCUGACAGGAAAGCUGGACAGUCAAUUGGCUCAGUUUUUCCUCACCUAGUAACACAAGAUUUACCAGAAAUGGUUGCUGUCAAGGAUGCAGAUUUUGAUGAUGUUGACGCUGUGUUUUGUUGUUUGCCACAUGGAACGACACAGGAAAUAAUAAAAGCACUUCCUAAAAGGCUAAAGAUUGUCGAUCUUUCUGCUGACUUCCGCUUGAAAGACAUUAACCAAUAUGAGAAAUGGUAUGGUCAACCUCACAAAGCAUCUGAAUUGCAGGAAGAAGCAGUAUAUGGGUUGACAGAGAUCAAUAGGAAUGAAAUUGUAAAUGCGCGUCUUGUUGCUAAUCCGGGUUGUUAUCCCACAUCAAUUCAGCUUCCUCUGAUUCCUUUGAUUAAGGCUAAGCUCAUAGGGUUUAAGAAUCUCAUUAUUGAUGCCAAAUCUGGAGUGAGUGGUGCAGGACGUGGAGCCAAGGAGGCAAAUUUAUACACUGAAAUUGCUGAAGGAAUCCAUUCUUAUGGUAUCACUUCGCAUCGUCAUGUUCCAGAAAUAGAACAGGGUUUAUCAGAGGCUGCAAUUUCGGAUGUUACAGUCAGUUUUACUCCUCAUUUGAUGCCAAUGAGCCGCGGUAUGCAAUCAACUAUUUAUGUGGAAAUGGCUCAAGGAGUAUCUGUGGAUGACUUGUACAAACAACUGAAAAUCACUUAUGAGAAAGAAGAAUUUGUGGUUGUGUGUGAGGAAAAAGUAGUCCCCCAUACUCGACAUGUUCGAGGUUCAAACCACUGUCUUAUUAAUGUCUUCCCUGACCGCAUUCCUGGACGAGCAAUUAUAAUAUCUGUGAUUGAUAAUCUUGUCAAAGGUGCUUCUGGUCAAGCUUUGCAGAAUCUAAACCUCAUGAUGGGAAUUCCUGAAAACACUGGGCUUACUUACUUGCCCUUGUUUCCAUAAGAGGUCAUCUAUCAAUGUGGGCAUAUCAAAAUGUACGAUUUUCGUGAUGAGUCCGGUCUGCGUUUACUAUCGUGAUCUUUUUUAUGGGACUAUUUAGAUUUUAUUUAUGUUGUAACAAAAUAAUCGAAGGUCCUUUCUAUGCUAAAUAAAAACAGUAUUUUUUUUUUUUUUUGUGUCAUUUUCAUUUAUUUGAAUUUAAUUAUUACAUUAGCCAUGUGAAGAAUUCUUUAUAUAAUUUACUUCUCUUAAUAUUUUA